AUGCAGCAGUUCAAGUUCCUUUGCGAGACCCGGCUGGGCUACGUAUGGCGAGUGGCCCAGCACAACGAUAAGCUUGAAAAGGCACAGCCCGGUCCCGGUGUGUGUUACUUGAACUUCAACGAGCUGAGCGGGGUCGACACCGGCUGGGCUCCCAUCAUCUUCUCGUCUUGGGCGCUUCUCUCCCAAAGCCUCAAACAGACCAAUCCGCACUUGGUAUGGACGGACUGUGAGGAAGUUCCUGGCAUUGGGCACAUGCCCUCAGACAUGCAGGAGCUGGCAACUGCUCCUGCUGAGCUGUGGCAAAACCUGCUGGAGUCCAUGGCGACUGCAGACGAUGCCAUGCUGAAACGCUGCCCAUUGGCCUGGGCGUACAUUGCCGGUCUGCUAUCGGCUGCGGAGGAGCAGGACCAGUUUCGGAAAGCGUUGCUUGACGUGUCCCAGCAGGCCUUAAGGCAUUACAGGGAGAAGAACAACUUCACCUUUGCCAACGUGCUGCUGUCGUCCUGGAGCCUUUUCGGACCUCUGGCUCACUCUGCUUUUGCUUUGGACGAGAAGACCGGGCUCUCCAAGAAGAAGAGUUGCGAUUUGCUUUGGUGUCCCGAGGGUGGCACGCCGAACUAUCUGAUGUGCAAAUGCGAAUGGGUUUUUACUUCGAAUUACAGGAACACAACUGUGUGCAUUUUCAUGGUGGAUACUCGGCGCAGGUCAUCCUUGAGGAACAUUACGUCUGUGCUGAAUGCAAGGUACUGGACACUUUCCUUCGGGGUCAACAAAGCGUAUGCACAAGACCACGGCUAUGACAUUGACUAUGUCAGACCCGACGAGGCUUUGCAUUACCCAAACAGGAAGGUGGGCUGGGCGAAGGUGAAGGUCCUCAUAGAAGAACUUCGAAAUCGUGGUCCAGAGCGCUGUGCCUAUGGCGUCUCGAUCGACACGGACGCCUUCAUUCGCACCUCCGAGCCGCUCGCUGCUAUCAUCACAGACUAUGGCCUCACCGAGAACAAGCUCAUCAUGUUCUCGCAGGAGUACCAUGUGGAAACUGCCGACAAGGGGACUGACGACAUCAACCAAAAGACCUUCAUCAACGGCGGCUUCUUCAUCGUUCGUAACACCCCGGAGGGACUCGGACUUUUGCAGGAGUGGUAUGAUGUGCCAGAAACUUACGAGGAUAUGGCCCACCUCAAAACCGAGAAUCCUCAAGGCCUCAACAUGUGCUGGGACCAGAAGAUGCAGCCAAAGUAUGCUGCGUUGUCGACCGGCGCCCUUCGCUUGGAUGGGGAGCUUUGGGUGGGUUGCAGCCCGGAAAAGCCCCACGAGGGCGACUUCCAGCUGCGUCUGCUUGGCUCCUGGGAGGAGAGGGAUGCCGCAGUUAACUUCAGCUGGCGCCAAGCCGGGCUGCCAGACGUAGCCGAUGGCGAUGGACUGAGCACAGCCUUUCCGAAGGCUCUGUUGGUGACGAGUACCGGGCGCUUGGAGCUGCACGGUUGCCCCCGCGCUUCGUGGCAGUAUUUGGAGCAGACGGCCCUCCGAGGGGACACAAAAAUUGUGCUGUCCGAAGCAGUGAACUGGAGGCCAGGCGAUUCGGUGGUGGUCGGUGCCAGCUCCGAAGAGCUGGAGGACUCCGAGAUGGCCCGGCUUCUGGCAGUCGAAGGGAAAGUCCUGGUACUCCAAGAAGGGCUUCGGGCCAGGCACGAGGGAGCCUUCGGAGAAGCUCGUCUCAAUGCUCCCGUGGGCUUGCUGACCCGGAAUCUUCGGAUCUCGGGGGAUUCAGAGCUCUGGGCCGGGUGCCAGAAGGCCUAUAGCUCCGUCGUCAUGGAUGCCUUAGCCCUGCAACGAGUGCGUCGCGCCUGCUUUGGGGGCCACCUGCUUUUCGUCCAAAACUCCAGGAUCCACAUCGAGCAUUCAGAAUUCUCCUUGCUGGGGCAGGCGCUGGAAAUGGCAAGGUAUCCCGUACAUUGGCACCUGGCAGGCAAUGCAUAUGGCCAUUUCAUCCGCAACAGCUCUCUUCACCACAACUUCCAACGCUGCGUGACUAUACAUGGAAGUGAAGGUGUACAGGUGCAGAGCAACGUUUGCUUCCAGACCUUCGGUCACGCCUUUUAUCUUGAAGAUGGCAUCGAGACUGGCAACUCCUUCGACAGAAACUUGAUUAUCUCCGUCCACCAAGGCGGAUCGGUUUGCAGUGACUGGAUAUUUGGGAAGGGGCCACGCACCAACCUGCAGUUGGGGCCUUCAGGCUUCUGGAUCACGAAUCCGAACAACAGCUUUUCCGAGAAUCAUGUGAUCGGAGUUGGCACGGGCUACUGGUUUACCUUCCCCGAUGGAUGUGGGCUCGCAGCGCUUCCGACCCUCGAGCUCUGUCGCCGCCGAAACCCCGUGACAGCUAUGGGCUUGAGCGCCCGGUACUUCAACGAUACCAGGAGUGGCCACGGCUUUGGGAGUUGGUGGUUAAGACAAGAGCCGUCCCGCACCCGAGUUCCAGUUUUCCGUCGCAAUGCGGUGGGCACAGCAUCCCGGGGAGUGCAUGUGGAUGGUCGAGUGAUGAACUCUGCCGACGAACACGUCCCCUGUUGGAGCGAUGCCUGCUCCAGCUGCUCAGGUCCCUUGGAGGGAUCCAGCUCCUGGGUCCCCAUGCGCUUUGAUCCGAGCUUGCCUUUGGCGCAGCGGAGCUACCGCUUCCAGGCGAACCGCUUCGAAGACUUCCUUGCGGCUCACAUUUCCGGAGGCCCUGCACCGUCAGAGUCUCGAGCUGUCUGGACCUCCGGUGGUUACAUCCACUUCACCGGUGCCGUGUUUUGGAACUGCCGACAUAUUGCUGCCAGCAUGCCUGAGCUCACCACGGCAUGCUUCAAGGUUACAGAAGCAUCACCCCCAGGCUUCACGCUGGUCUUUGAAAGGUCGCUAUUCAUCAGCGGUGACCUCUCGGAGACCUUCUUCCAGCUCUACGAUGCUGGCAUUCACAUCAAGAACAGCGGCUGGCUCCUAACUGCCAGCUCCUCGCCAAGCUUCCGCGUGGCCAAGCCCAAGUGUGCUUUCGGAGGCAACGGGAAUCCGAUCUAUUUUGAGGGCAGUCGGGAACUGCGACAGAACUUGACAAAGGACCGGGACUUUGCGUGGGCCGUCCAGGCCCUUGGCACUGGCAUCCGAAUGACCGCAACUUCACAGAUCGUCAGCUUUGAUUGCAUCGCUUGGGAGUCUCCCUACAUCGAGGGCUCUUAUGUCUAUUCUCCGGAUUCGUUUGGUUUGGAAACAGGUGCUCCGACAAUCCUUGCCCCUGACAGAGAGCGGCGGACGUCAAGGCGGGUGCUGGGGCGUUCUGCUUGUGCGGCAUACCUCAAAGCAACGAAGCCGCGCUUCUUCUGCGGCAAGUCCUUUGGUACCUACGGGCUGUGGUGCGGCUCAGGCAUACCGGUCGAAGAGUGUCCAGGUGCGGCGGAUGCUACGAACUGGUACCACUCUAUGCUUCCGUGGUCAAGAGGCGAGAGAAGUGAGGACAGUGAGGAUGUGCUUGGAUCGGGCACGACGGCGCAGCCUGUGUGGGCCAGGCCUCCGCCCUCUGGCGACUGUGAUUUUCCGAAUCCCGGGCCUCCGAAAAGGACGCCCUUCACGUGGGACCCCUCUUGUCUGAGAGGAGGUCUUGGUUGCAAUGCAGAUGGGAGCCACAUGGAGUGCCGCUGGUGCGGCUUCGAUCCCUACCUGCCUUGCCCAGAAACUCAAGAGUCCGCGAUUGGAGCGACUGGAGACUCGGAUCUUUUUGUGGGACUAAUUGCUUUGCUCCUAAGCGCCUUAUUCCUCAGUCUCCUCGCUGCUCUUUGCUGGUACACCUCGAGACGCCGUGCCCGGGCCCGGCCUAGCUGCAUCUCUCAGAUUCGCCCUCCUCGCCAAGAGGCGCCAAGCCUCCUUGGGCGAACCACUCUGCCCGCCGAGAAGCCCAUCCGUGACCUUCCGCUGCAGUAG